AAUCUUCCGCUCGGUUACCGAUUCGUUCCGACUGAUAAGGAUCUAUUGUACUACUUGAACCUCAAGAUUCUCAACAAACCUGUGCCGACCGAUGCUAUAAUAGAUGUCGAGCUCUACAAGUACCAUCCCCACGAUCUUUGCCGAAACAGUAGAAUGCAUGGAACAAAAGAGUGGUACUUUUUUACCUCGAGGGCUAGGAGGUAUAAUAAUGGUGGCCGGCCAAACCGAACAGCAGCUAAUGGUUAUUGGAAAGCCACCGUAGGUGAUGUCAUUGUCCGAAGCAAGGGCCAAGAGGUUGGACGCAAAAAAGUGCUUGUGUAUUAUGAAGGCAAAUCUAAGAAUCAAAAGACUAAUUGGAUAAUGCAUGAAUUUACGAUUCAUCGAAUGAAGGAUGUUGCAAGAUCUUCUAGAAACCCUAUUCCAGAUGACAAGAUGCUGGAUACGUGUGUAUGUAGAAUUUACUACAGAACAUCAAAAACAAGCAAAAAUGAAGAACAGGAUAGACAAGAAAACUUGAUUCCAAUUCAAGACAAUAACACGGCUCAUGUCGCUCCUGGAAAUCUGGCAGUAACGUCGAAUCAAAAUCCUCUGCCGUCACCAUUUGAUCAACCAUUCUCGCAAGGUGCAUAUUUUCCCCACCCUCGAGCAAAUACAGCCGGGCAAAGCAAUGAUGAUCAAAAUCCACCGGUCGAGCCCAGUAAUCCGACUCUUACUUAUAUGCAUGGUGAUCAUAUGACAAUGCAAAAGAAUAUUCAAUAUUCUUUGCUUCCAUCUCCUCAGACUCUUGCAUGUGUUCCUGGUCAAUAUAAUCCUUCGUUUCCAUCUGGUACAAUUACAAACAUGCCUAGUAAUUGUACGGCAAUGGAAAGCAAUGAUCAGUAUCAACCUAUUACUCUCAUUAAUGGUGAUGUGGGUUGCUCUUCAUCUGCAAAAUAUGAUGACGACAUUUACUUGGAUUUGACGGCUCCAUGUUUUUCUUCUCUAUCUGAUUUAUUGCCACCAACGGAUCCUAGUAAUUUUGCAGUUUCCACUUCUGCAAACAACGAUAACGA